AUGAAUACAAUCAACAAGACAACUGUGCGCAUAGCUGUUGGGCUGGCGAGCACACUCUUCAUCGGCUAUUGCGUCUAUUUCGACCGUAGGCGACGUGCUGAUCCCGAUUACAAGAAAAAAGUACGCGAACAGCGACGUCGCAAUCGAAAAAAUGCUGACCGAAAUGGAAUACCAAAUUUGAGUGAUCACGAAGCAAUUGAGCGCUACUUCCUGCAGGAGAUACAAUGGGGUGAAACAUUAAUUGCGCGAGGUGAAUUUGAGAAUGGUGUGGGACAUCUGGCCAAUGCAAUAAUCGUAUGCGGACAACCAGGGCGCCUGCUGGAAAUGUUGCAGAUGUCAUUGCCGUCACAAGUGUUUGCCAUGCUCAUACUCAAGAUGCAGGAAUUGGGCAAUCGUGCACAAGCGGAAAUCAACGAUGCACCCAAAAUUGUUAAGGUUAAGUCCAUUGAGAGUGCCGACAAUUUGAAUGAGAUCAGUUGCGGUCAAAGUGCUUCGUAG